AAAGUAGACCAGCCAUCAAAGGCGGACGGAAGGAGUUCUGGUUGCUAGUUAAAUUUCUCUCUCCAACUAUGGCAAGCAAAAAGAUGUCUGGAAUGCAUACUGUGAAAAGUGGGAAGAAAACAAAAACAUCAUAUCUUUCUAAACUGGCAAAAAAGAAGACAUCCGAAAAGUGUGUUGAAGAAGAACAAGACAAUUGUUCCCAUGAAAAUGAUGUCAGCCAAUCAAAAGUAUGUACCGAAACUGAAGAUAAUGAGCAAGAUAUGUCGAGGAGUGUAGGGAUUGCCACUAGACAUCAAACAAAAGGAUCCAAUGAAACUCACGUUGAAGGAAAUUCCAGCGAAUCUGAACAAAAUCGAAACAGAAAUGGUGGAUCGAUUGGUCCUGUAUGUCAUGAAACAAUAGAAUCCAACGAAAACGACAUAGAAGAAAAAUAUAACGAUUCUGAGCAAAAUAGGAUGAAAAGAAGUGGGAUUGCUGCCACUGAGCAUGAUACCAACGAAAUCCAAGAUGGCGACACUGGAUAUAGAUUCAAAGACACUGAACAUAUUCUGGUGGGAAAUAAUGGAGGAAUUGCUGCCUCUGGGCCUGAAAUAAAGGUUUCCAAAGACCGUGUCGUUGAAGAAAAAUCCAAGGAUACUGGGGGAAAUCUCUCGAGAAAUGGCGAGAGUAUUUCUCUUGAACGUGAAUCUAAAGGACCAAAAAACACCGAAGAAAAUCGAAAAGGAAACAAUCGAGGGAUUGCUCUUGGACAUGAAACUAAGGUAUCCAAAGACCGCGUCGUUGAAGUAAAAUCCAAGAAUACUGUGGGGGUUAUAAUGAAAAAGAGUGUGAAGAUUUCUCCAGAACGUGUAACUAAAGGACUAAAAAACAAUCGAGGAGUUGAUCUUGGACGUGAAACUGAAGGAUCACAGGAAUCUUCCGUUGCAACUGGAUUUAAGGAAAUUGAAGCAAAUCAUACGGAAACUAACGAGAUGACUGCUCUUGGAUAUAAAACUAAAAAAUCCAAAGACCGCAACUUUGAAGAAAAAUCCAAGGAUACUGGGCUAAAUCUAAUCAGAAAAAUCGGGAAGAUCUGUCUUAAGCAAAAACCUAAAGGACCAACGGUUACUGAAGAAAAUUGGAAAGGAAACCAUCGAGGAGUUGCUCUUGGACGUGAAACUGAAGGAUCCAAAGAAUACAGUGAUGACGAAAAUCCCAGCGACAUAAUGGAAAAAAUGGCUGGAAGUAGUGGGCUGGUUGUUCCUGAGUAUGGGCCAAAGGAAUCCCAUGACGACAUCAAAACUAAAAAUCCUUUGUGGAAUUUGUGUGUGGACGCGACUCAAGACGGGAUAUCAGAUUUGGAUGUUGAUGUCAUCGUGUCGAGUGAGGAUGCUGGACUUCAGGGGUUUGGUAUGGUUGCCAAGCAACUUCUACAAAAAGGUGGAGAACAAUAUAAACUACAGAAAAUGGUGGCAAGUAGCAUGGUUGGGGAUUUGAAAUCAUGGCAUUUCAUAUUCACGCCCGGGGCAGGUAGAUUGAAUUGUAAGAAUGUAGCACAUGCUAACAUACCAAAGUUAGAGGUUACGGACCAGGACAAAUGGUGUGAUCAUUUCAAAACUUUCCUGGGCAGGCUAGUGAAGCGAACCAAUUGUAUGGGAUUUACCUCCAUGGCGAUUCCCCUGCUAGGGACAGGAAGAAAAGGUGCUCCCACAGACUUUGUUAUCGACCUUCUUUGUGGACAGAUUAGGAAUUGUGCCAAGAAACCAGCAGAUAAAGCUUGGCUACAAACAAUUUAUAUCGUUCAUCCCAAUAGGAGCAUUGUCAGAUCCAUCGAAACAGUCGCCAAACGGCUGCAUCUUUACCGCACACCGGAAGUGACGCAAAAACCGGAAGUCACAAUUGGUAAAACCAAAACACGUGACUAUGAUAAAUAUUUUAUUGAAAAGUAUUCAGUAAAGCUACCAAAGAAAACCAAUGACUUAACAGACGAAGACUGUCCAAUUUGUAUGGAAAAGAUUGAUUCAAAGGAAAGAGUAGAGUUAAAGAAAUGUCACCAUGUUUUCUGUCUGUCGUGUGCCAAACAAAGCUUCAACGUCAAACCGGCAUGUCCGCUAUGUAACGUAGUCUACGGAACUAUCCGAGGAAAUCAGCCUGAAGGCUUUAUGGUAGAGAUGUUCGGAAAGGAGUCGUUACCUGGAUUUGUCGGAUGUGGUAACAUCCACAUCUACUAUUCUUUCUGUGAUGGAAUCCAAGAUGCGGAACACCCAAACCCUGGAAAACCUUACAGAGGGACUCGGCGGGAGGCUUUUUUACCCGACGAUGAGGAAGGCCAGAGAGUACAUCGCCUGUUGCGGAAAAGUUUUCAGCAACAGAUGACGUUCACCAUCGGGAGCUCCAGGACUACGGGGCGUGAGAAUGUUGUGACUUGGAAUGACAUUCAUCACAAGACUAGAAUACAUGGUGGUUCGGAAAGGUAUGGCUAUCCAGAUCCUUUGUACCUGAAGCGCGUGCAGGAGGAAUUGGCUUCGAAGGGAAUUUCUGAGGCGACCGACUCUUAACAGGGACAAAUUUUGGAGACACAUAUAUCUGAAUGUAGACGCUUGCUGUAGCAUUGAGGCAUAUUUGGGUUUUAGUCUUCAGUGCUCUGCAAUGUAUGAUGCUUACACGUUUGUCUUUGGAGUACAUUACGCGAUGUCACUGGGGAUACUGUAUUCAGCAUACGUAUCCAGACUAACAGUCUCGUUUUAAACAGCUGAUUAAUACAAUAACUAACUGGUACUUCUCCCUCGCUCACACUCUACCGUCUCUGAGACCCCAAGUCUUCGCGGGCUGCAAUGAAAUCACAACUUUUGUGAGGAAAUCAGAGGACCGUUUGCUAUGUUGUAACUACCACAGCCGAAGUGUCCGAUCAGGGGAUGAAAUAUUAGUGUUAGGCACUCUCGCCACGUCCGAACAAUGGAAAACGUUCUCAGACGUGCGAUUCCAGGCUGGGUUGGCUCAAUUUCCCGUUAGACAGAUCAGACAUUCCUAUAAAUAUUCAAAUCCGUGACCAUGCAUUAGAGAACCCAGAGCUCCAAUACAGAGGCUCGGUUUUUUUAUUCUGGUUUUCUACUAAUAUGACACGAAUUUUAAAGUCAUAUGAUCUACGAUACUCUCUACGAUACUCACGAGAAAUAUGUCUAAUUUUCAGUGAAACGACCCCCCAAGUUGAAUUAAUGAGAUUAAAAAUAACAUUGCA